AUGAACCCUAAAGCGACCCGGCAAUGCUGGGAAUGCCUCAAGCGUCGCCUAGUCUGUGACUACACGUUGCCACACUGCAAGAAGUGCAUUAAAAAGGGUAGAGAAUGUCCCGGUUAUGAUGCACGAAAACCACUGCAGUGGGUCGAGCCCGGGAAAGUCACGUCGCGAAAGCCGAAAAAGCCGUCUAAGAAAUCGGAGCUAGUUCUACGAGUGUGUCAAAGCCGGCCACCAAUGGAGGAAUCCAAGAGCGACACUAGCUGGAGCAUCGAAACGAUCAGAAGCGAGGAGGAAGCAACGGUCGACGAAGAGGAACUGCGCAACCUCUAUCAGAAGAAACUUGCCGAUGUUCGGACUGUCGAGGACAUCGAUGAGAUCAUCCACUUCGCGAGCCAGGAUAGAAUUGAGGAGAUUGUUUCAAAGCGUCUAGAUCAAGAAGCAGCGAGGAUCCUCAAGAUGGAGAAAGACCCUCUGAAAGGACUUGAACGUGUUCUGCGCUAUUUGCGCUUGGAACAGAUCCCAACGUACAAUCUACAGAGCGACACAUGCGAGGUGGUGCAAGCAAUCAAUUACUGUAUGCUCAACCCCAGACCCCACUAUACCAAGCCUUUAGUCUGCCCAUACCAGGUGGUACCCUGGGCCAACUUGCAGAAACGAUCUAUGCGGACCUACGGACUUGGUAUUGUGCCCUUUUUGUACGGGCUAAUAUGUUCUCAGUCAACACGCGCGUGA